AUGUAUUCCUAUCAUACACUGAGGAAACUACGUUUCGUGCAGUGUGCUUGUGCAAUUUCUUGGUCUCUACUAGCAGCAGGCCCUAUAUUUGGAUUUGCUGCAUUAAAACCAAUAUUAAUACUCGAAAAGGUAUACGAGAAUGAAUGUGACACCUCUGUCAAUUCGACUAAUUACUUGAGUAAUUUUGCAUUAGAUCCAAAUGCAUUUGGAUCUCUAACUGGUCAUUUACUAUCUGAAUUAAGUGUAUCGAAGAACGAGAAGAGUCCUGUUGCUAAGUGUUCCGCACAAGAUCUUAAAUUGAAUAUGAUGUUCACAGUUGGGGCAGUAAUGACCAAUACUUCCGCUAUAGUGAUUGGAAAAGUACUAGAUAAGUAUGGUCCAAAAGUUUGCGGGUUAAUAGGUGUCCUAUUACUAUAUUUCGCAUGUUUUGUAUUUAUUUUUGCUAAGCAAAUUGAAAAGACAUUUAAUUCAUCGUACUUUGACCCAUACAUGAUAGGUUAUACUGCGUUAGCAUUAGGCGGGCCAUCUACGUAUAUGUCUUCGUUUCAUUUAUCCAACACAUUUCCAGAGAAGAGUGGAACAAUAUUGGCAUUCUUGAAUGGUGCGUUUGAUGCUUCCUCUGCGGUAUUCUUAUUAUACAAAGUGCUCUACAAGCAUUCUAACACCUUAUCGCUUGACAAAUUCUUCAGAAUAUUUUUGGUUGUUCCUACCUUCAUAACUUUAGCACAAAUAUUUAUUAUGCCAAAUAGCUCAUAUAUUGCACCUCCCGACACAUCCUUAUUUAAUAAUGGCAGUCGUUCGUCACAAGAAAACGACAAUGAACCGACCGAAACGGAACCACUCUUAGGUAAUUCUGGUGACAAUCCUAGACAGUUACAAAGACGUGAUUCUAUUGGUGAUGCGUUAAAGCAGCAUUAUGUCUAUGAAGAUGAUGAAGAAUUGUUUGAUAAUGGAGGUAAGCUAUAUGGAAUUUUGCAUGGCUACUCGUCAGAGUAUCAAAUGAAAACCCCGUGGUUUUAUUUGUUAUGUGCAUUUACUGCUAUACAAAUGUUAAGAUUGAAUUACUUCAUUGCAACUAUCAAUACACAAUACACAUAUUUGCUAGGUUCUGCUGAUAAUGCGGAACCGCUUACAAGGUUUUUCAAUCUAGCUUUACCAUUAGGUGGAAUUCUAUCAAUUCCUUUAGUUGGAUAUUAUUUAGAUAACUAUUCCACUGUCGCCUCAUUUGCUACAUUAUUAGCUCUUUCUUUAUUUGUUGGUAUUGUUGGAUUAGUAGGUAAUUUUUAUUUUGGGGUUGUCAACAUAUGCUUCUUCGUGCUCAACAGGCCCUAUUUCUAUACUGCUAUUUCGGAUUUUUGCGCAAAAAUAUUUGGAUUCGAUACCUUUGGUACAGUGUAUGGCGCUAUAAUAUGCAUUGCUGGCUUGUUUAAUCUUUUGCAAUGCUCGUUAGACAAUAUUACACAUUCUAAUUUUGGAAUGAAUCCUAGUCCUAUAAACUUACUUUUAGUAUGUAUUACUAUAAUUAUUGGAGGCGUAACAUUCUAUUAUAUGAAACAUCAAUCCAUGCUAUAUAAAGAGAGGACCAAUAGAAGUGUACCUUCUGUUUCUGUUUAA